UAUGGAACAGCCGGGAAUAAGGAAAAUUGCUCCAAAUUUCCCCUUAAAAUUCUUUCGUAUAACUUAGUUUCUUUCUCCAAUUCCACCAUUCGUCUUGUGCGAUUGUUUUCUCCUCCGUCUCCGAGAUUUUCAGAGAUGAAGAUAGUUGCGGCGUAUUUGUUGGCUGAUUUGGGCGGAAAUACUCACCCUUCCGUUGAGGAUAUCAACGCCAUUCUCGGCUCUGUUGGAAUAGAGGUUGAAGAUGAAAGAAUAGAGUUGCUUCUUUCCCAAGUUAAGGGCAAAGAUUUAGCAGAGGUCAUAGCCAGUGGAAGGGAGAAGAUGGCAUCAAUCUCUUCUGUUGGUUCUGCUAUUCCUGUAGCUGCCGGCGGCGGUGGCGCUGCUUCUGCUGCUGUGGCUGCCGAGCCUGUGAAAGAGGACAAGAAAGAAGUUGAAGAGGAGUCGGAGGAUGAGAUGUGCUUCAGUCUCUUUGAUUAACCAGAUUUUGCGGAUUCAUUCAAACUGCUAUCUAAAGACCUGGAUUUUUGGCUACUUAAUUAUGAUAUAGGAUGAACUAUUAUGACCAGUUAUAGUUAUAGACCCAUUUAGUUUUAUGUGAAUUUAUCCUUCUUGCAUCCACAGUUUACCAAUUCCUGGCUAAUUUAUGUCUCUUGUAUGGCAUGUUCUUCAAUAUCUCUAUUCUAAGUUUUGAAGUGUUUUGUCCAUUUUCUUUCACCCCUAGCUUAAGAACAUCUCUCUGAUUGGAUAGCCCAUAACUUGUAAGAAACUUGCUUUAAUUUAUCUAUGCUUAAAUUUAUGUA